AUGCUAUCUAUUUCUAAUACCUAAAAAUCUUUAUAAGUGCAUUCGCAAAAGCAUUUACAUAGAAAAAACUUGUAUUCCAGAAACUUAACACUGGACAAUGUUGAUGCAAAUAAAUUGAGAGUCAAAUAUAUUAUGCAUGAUAAGGAAAGUUUAUAAGAAGAAAUUCAGAAUUUGAAAUAAGAGAACAACCAAUUGAAAUUAACAUUGAAAUAGUUCUAAUCAUAAAUUUAAUAUUUUAAGAGAGAAUUGCAAUCAAUCUCGAAAGAUGAAGACACACCCCCAAAAAGCUUCUCUAAGUUAAAACAAGGCUACCUGGAAAAAAUCACUCGACUUGAAGAUGAUAAUAUUAGAUUAUAAUAAUAGUUAGAGGAAUAGCAAUAAUAUAUUUAAUAACUAUAAAAUCCCUUUAAUAAAAGCAAUGUUGAAAAUCUAUGCAUGACACUAAGUGAGGAUAAUAUGAAGCUCAAUCAAUUGAUUUAACAGCAUUAAUAAUCAGCAGAUCAAACCUAAGUAUUUAAAUUUAAUUACAAUAAGAUGAAUAUCAAAUAUAAUGCAAUAUUAAAUAAGUAUAAAUAAUUGAAAAACCUAAAUGGCUAAUUACUUUUGGAGAUAGCAGAAUUAAAGAAAAAGGAUACUUUGUAUCUCGAAAGACCGUAGAAGAACAGUUGUAGUUGGAUUUUGACCAAGCUCUUGUCGAUCUUAGAAAUGAAAGGUAGAAAAAACAAAUACUUAGAAAAUAUGAUGUAAAAGAUUCAAGCUGAAAAUCAAGAAUAAAUUGAAAAUCUCGAAAAAAAAUUAUCUGACCAAGAGAGACAGUAUGAAGCCCUGUAAAAAGAAUAUGACUUAGAGAAAUCAUAAAAGUAUCAAUCUAAAAGAACUAUACUAAUAAAGAAUAAUGGACCCUAAUAGCCAGAAGAAUAAGUUUAGUAACAGGAGGAAAAUGAAUUGCAGAAGAAGAAAAUUAUCAAUGUUGAUAAAAAUGACAUUAUGACUAUAGCUAGACAUGUAAAAUUGAAUCUUAUUGGAUUAAAAAUCUCCUUGUAAGAAGUUGAAUAGUAUCUCUUAACUCAUGAAAAUUUAACCCAACAUGAACUCAAAUAAAAUUUGUCCAAUAGAAUCUUUGGUCUCUAAUCACUUGAAUAAAUUGAAAUGGCGGCCAUCUAUUUAGCCGAUGUUGAUAAUGAAACUGAAACAACUACUAGUGCUAGAGUAAAAAGUAUUUUUAAAACACUUAUGGAAAACUACUAAAUAUUAACACAACAACAAUUAAAUAGCAUCAAUUCGUAAAUUAUGAAAAAAAAAAAUGAAAUUUCAGAUAUAUUAAUAAAGAAAUAUCCAGAAACAUAUACAAAUGGGUAUAUUAAUAUUGAUAUUUAUUUAGAUGUUUUGUAAUAAGUUGAAAUUGCAUUAAGUAAGCUAGAAAUUGAUCAUUUCUAUGCUCUCAUUACUAAAUAAAAUCGAAACCAAAAGAUUCUUCUCUAACAAAUCUAUUCUCCAUUUGAUGUCAAUUAGAAUGAAGAAGAUAAUUCAGAAGAGCAACCACAAAUAAAUUUGAAUAAUGAUGUACCAACCAGUCAAUUAAAUGAAGUCCACAAUAAACAUUAAUAAGAAUCAGUCAAUUUUAUAAAGGAUAAUAAUCAAACAGAGAAUGUAAAUAAUUAAAACAAAAAUGAAUUGAAAAAUAGAGAGACAGACGGAAUAGAAUAGUAGGAACUCUAAGAUGGUGAAUAACAAUCACUAGAGGAGAAAGACACAUUUUAGGAUAUCCAAAAUGGCGAUCCAGAUUUGAAAAUGACUGAUUCGUAAGAAAUUAAGAAAAAAAAGUUAACCUGA